CGGAUUGGCAGGCUACCAGAUCCUUGGAUCGAGUGGAUCAGUGCCGAGCGCCCGCGAAGGCGAGAUUAACACGCCCCUGUGAAUCGAAACGAUCGGAAUCAGUGAGAAACACCCCACCAUCCCCGGUCCUCGUGGUCGGUGGUAGUUAAUUCCCCUGGACUAGGGCUCGAACUCGUUCGGCAGGGUGGGAGUGGUGGAUCUGCUCCUUUCGAAGGAUCAGCUGAUAUCUAGGGGAUCCUCGGGAUCGUCGCGCAGAAGGAUCGAACUGAAAAAAAUAAUCAUAUUAUUCGACCCUUCUCCAGUCGUGUAUACUCUGCCCACACCUGAAAAUUCGAGACGUAUCGGUUCGCUUUGUGUUCAGAUUCUGGCCGAGCCACGGUUCCAAAGGAGUACACACCGUCGUGGAAUAAUCUUGUGCGCGGGCCGGUGAGGAGUAAUCGAUAAGGAAGAGAAUUCGAGGAGGAAGUGCUCGUGAAAGAAGAAAAAGAUCGUUGGAAAGGCCGACUCUUCGGUCGGUUUAGGUCUAAUCGAGACGAAGAAGGAGGAGGAGGACGAGAGUCGGCGAGGAGGAGGAGAGAGACAGCAGCAGAGCACGGUGGUGCAGAUGAGGCCACGAUCAAUCUGCGACAGGGUGGCGGAGGAGUAUUGCGACCCUGACGGUUGUUACUGCGAGAAUCGGUGCUUCUGACAGCCGGACGGCAGGAGGGACAGACAGACGGUAGUGUGCCACAGCAGCCGCAGUGCUUGCGAAUACUCGAUGGAUGAGUUCCAUCCAUUCAUUGAGGCCCUCCUACCAUUCGUGAAGUCUUUCUCGUACACGUGGUUCAAUCUACAAGCCGCCAAGAGGCGUUACUACAAGAAGCACGAGAAACGGAUGAGUCUCGAAGAGGAACGUCAGUGCAAGGAGGAACUCCAGAACGAGAAGCUGGAGGUGAAACAGAAAUGGGCCUCGCGGCUUCUGGGCAAGUUACGAAAGGAUAUCACGCAGGAGUACAGGGAGGACUUCGUGCUGAGUAUCACGGGGAAGAGGCCGGCCAUGUGCGUCCUGAGUAAUCCCGACCAGAAGGGCAAAAUGCGUCGGAUCGAUUGCCUCCGUCAGGCCGACAAGGUAUGGAGGUUGGACCUGGUGAUGGUGAUCCUCUUCAAGGCGAUACCGUUGGAGUCGACGGACGGGGAACGUCUCGAGAAGACCGCGGAAUGCGCACAGCCGGGCCUCUGCGUCAACCCCUAUCACAUCAACGUCUCCGUCCGGGAACUGGAUCUCUACCUUGCCAAUUUUAUCACCAGCCACGAGGUUCUAAACGGCAUCUGCAACGCGAGCAAGGAGGAGGAAAGGCGGCGAAAAGGUGCAGGCUACCACGAACUAUAUAACGGUGUUGUCUGCAAUGACACGAUCCUUGCGACAGGUGUCUUCAGCUCCAAGGAGCUCUGGAUGCUUUCAAAAGCGUCCAUACUGCAUGACCUCAGCGACAUGCAGCCUCAAAUAAACGCGAUCAAAAUAGAGCACCCGCCGUACUACUGCAGCAGCUACACCCCUCCGUCCGCAGCCACGGCCGCGGAUCAUGCUCAACCAGCGGCUAGCUUCAGCCCGCCACCGGUGCACCAGCUCAUAAGGAACGACAAGACUGAAAAGCCGCCGACGGUUUCCGUUUCGAGCGCGCCCACCUUCUCGCCGGUUCUCAGGCCCGAGGACGGCCAUCGGGGAAUGGAUUCGCCGCAUUCGCAAACUGGAUUGCACUCGCCGCACGAGGGACUCGCCGGUGGUUCCGGUCAGAGUAUGUCCGGUCUCGCCUACUACCAACCGGAGCACCCUGCCUCCGCGGGGGUGGUCAAGUACCCCGAGAACGGUCACGACACCCUCUCCGAUUUCGUGACGUUCGUCUGCCAGGAGGCCGAGAAUACUCAGCAACUGCCCCAGGCGCAGCUAGCCGGACCCCGCACUGGUAUGCAAAAGUUCUCACAGUAUUAUCCGAGCUCGAUGUUGCCGCCACCGCCUCCAGCCCCGAUGGCCAGGCCGGUCGCGAUAAUAAGGUCGACGGGCGAGCUAACGGCGGCCAGCUCGAACUCGCCUCCGACAUCCUCGACUUCGCCGACGGACCCAGGUGAGCUGGGGACCAGCCAGGAGCAAAUGGCGGCCGCGGCCGCGGUGGGUCUGGUCGGUUCCGGUUGCCAGAGCUCCGUCGAUCCGGCCGGCAGAAAAAGUCCUGCGAGAAUACUGGUCACCGCACCUCACACCAGCCGGGAAUACACGUUCGCCCAUUUCCACUCACAACCUGGACAGCAAAUAUUCACCUACCCGACCAUCAGCUCCAUGUCGGGCGUGAUGUCGCCGACGAACCUCUCGCUGUUCUCGUCCCCGGUCUCGGUGACGAGGCCGGUGGCGACGCAGCGCACGGUCACGAACGUGCCGGCCCGUUGGAACACAGCGCCGUUCAUAAAUCUCGAGGACGACUACAACAUGAUCGCGCCAAUAAUCACCGGGACCGCGAGCGAGCCGCCAUCCGCCAUGGACGAAGAACGAUACUUCCAUCCGGUGCACACGAGCGGUGUGGUGGACAAGACCGGUAGCCUGAUGGGCGGCGAUCUAGGGGUGGCCACGGAUCCAACGUCCCACCAUCAUCAGUCCCAACAAGCGCAACAACCACAGUCCCAGCAACAACCACCCCAACAGCAGCAGCAACAAGUGAUGCAAGACAAAAGCGGCCGACCGAAGUCUCCCCCGUGACACUGGAGGCUAAGACCGGAAUGUCUCGCCGAGAAGCUCGCAUGUUCCACGGGAUCGUUACUCACCGCUCCGUCCUACGACAACAACACGGAGCCGGAUGGGAAUCGCCAGGAUUCCUCGUGUCGUGUUCAGCUUCGCGACCAAAGCCCCCCGCGGAGAAUCGAGUGCCUGAGAGUCUGAUCGUAGUUUAAACGCAGACCCGGAGCGUCACGCUGAGGAGAAGAGGGAGAGGGACCGAGGGAUUUCCGGCGGGCGGAAAAAUGUGGGGGGGGGGGCCUGGGCCGCUGCAGUUUCCGGUGGCGCGACGAAACCGGGAACCGUUCGUUUGUUUACGAUCGUCACAGUUCUCGCGCCUCUUGGUUCGCUUUCGAGGCAGACAAUGUCUCUCCUUGACCCUCUGAGGAAUUCGGAAACGGAUUUUCCUCCUCGCGAAGCCCCGAUGGAAUUUAUUCGCUCGCGAGAGAACAC